CCAGCAGCUGAGGCGGGGCCAGAGCGAUUAAAGGGAGGGAGGGCGUGGUGGGGAGGCCACAGAGGCCCGGCGGGCGGGAGCCAUGGCUGCCUUCCUGCAGCUGAGGGGCGACGUGAAGAUGCCCGUCGUGGGGCUGGGCACCUGGCAGGCUCCUCCAGGAAAGGUGGCAGAGGCAGUGAAGUUUGCGAUUGACGUUGGAUACCGCCACUUCGACUGUGCUUACUUGUACAAGAAUGAGAGUGAGAUUGGGGAUGGGAUCCAGCAAAAAAUCAGGGAAGGAGCUGUGAAACGGGAAGACCUUUUUAUUGUCAGUAAGCUGUGGUGCACAUUUCAUGAGAGAUCCGUGGUCAAGGGAGCAUGCCAGAAAGCCCUUGCUGACCUGAAACUGGAUUACCUGGACCUCUACCUUAUCCAUUUUCCUAUGGGUUUCAAGGCUGGUGAGGAGAGUCAUCCAAUGGAUGACAAAGGUAUGGUUAUCCCCAGUAACACGGAUAUUCUGGACACAUGGGAGGCUAUGGAAGAGUUGGUAGAUGCAGGUCUGGUGAAAACCAUUGGGAUCUCCAACUUCAACCAUGAACAGAUUGAAAGACUCUUGAACAAGCCUGGGUUAAAAUAUAAGCCUGUAAAUAACCAGAUUGAAUGUCAUCCGUAUCUCACCCAGGAAAAGCUGAUUAAGUAUUGUCAAUCCAAAGGAAUCACUGUGACUGCGUACAGUCCCCUUGGCUCCCCUAGUAGACCAUGGGCCAAACCAGAGGACCCUACUCUUCUGGAAGAUCCCAAGAUUAAAAAGAUUGCAGUUAAACACAACAAAACUUCUGCUCAGGUUUUGAUCCGAUUUCACAUUCAGAGGAAUGUGGCUGUCAUUCCAAAGUCGGACAAACCACAUCAUAUUGAGGAGAACUUCAAGGUGUUUGAUUUUGAACUGACUCAAGAAGAGAUGGAAUCAAUCCUCAGCUUCAACAGGAACUGGAGAGCUGUUACUGUGCUCCCGGCUGUCAAUCACAAGGACUACCCAUUCAAAGCGGAUUACUGAAACUGUAGUAGCCAAACACGGAAGAAAUACCAGAGUGAAAGACUCUUCUUUUCUGUAGUUCUUUUUUUCUUUUCUGCCCAUUGUGGUAUUUUUUUAAACAAACUUAGAUACUUGACAGAAGAAAUCUUUUGUUUUUAGGGGGGGUUGUUGUUGUUUUUUUCAGGAGGGGGAGGGGGAGCAUUGUUGAAAAGGCAGUUCAACAGAAUGCAUCCAAAGGGGCUAGAGUUGCCUAUUGCCGAGCUGGUUAGCACGAAUCAUUUCUAGGCUAAAACUAAAUAACAUAAUUUCCUUCUUUUUCAUUCCAUUUAUUUAUCUGUUUGUGUGACUAAGUCGAAGCUGAGCUAUAUAACUAAGGUCACUAGUUAUUCAGAGGGGUAAAGGAGAGAGGUACCAACAUAUCACUGCCCAAGUGUCAAUAGACAUUGUAUUAACUUCAUAACUCUCCAUGCAGUUGUGAGUGCUCUGUCAAGUAAUUACAGUGUGAAUCUCUAAUGUAUGAGUCCUUAAAUAAUUCAGAAUACAAGUAUUUGAAUAAUUGCUGUACAGUUCAGUGUAUUAAACACAGUGCUUCAGUUGUUUUAUGGA